AUGGGGAUGGACUUGAAUAACUUAGAUGUUAUCGUCAUUGGUGCAGGUUUCUCAGGCAUCCUCGCCGUGUACAAGUUGCGUCGGCUAGGGUUUCGAGUCUGCGGAUUCGAGCGCCAGGGAGGGCUCGGUGGCGUCUGGCGUGAGAAUGCCUAUCCUGGGGCAGCCGUCGACAGUCCUUUCCCGUUCUACCAGUUCUAUGAUGCAGACCUUCUCCGUGACUGGCGAUGGGAAGAGCAAUUCCCCACUCGCGCAGAGAUGAUGAGGUAUUUUGAGCAAGUCGAUACCAAAUGGGGCAUCUCUGCCAGCUUCGAGUUCGGUGCUUCGGUUUCCGGGGCCGAGUACUCGGAAGCCACGUGGAGAUGGGUUGUAUCGCUGGAAGAUGGCAGACGAGCGAGUGCGCAGUGGCUCAUUCCAGCUGUAGGCUUCUCAUCGGUGCUCAACAUCCCUCGGAUACCGGGUAUAGAUCGGUUUAGCGGACCCGUCUAUCAUACGGCAAGAUGGCCUCGCGACGCCAUGGACAUGCGCGGCAAGAAAGUGGCCGUCAUUGGUACCGGGCCCAGCGGCGUCCAGGUCAUCCAGUCCGUCGGUAAAGUUGCCAAGUCCAUGACAAUUUACCAGCGGACUCCAUGUCUUACUCUACCUAAAUAUAGCAAUAGCCCAGACAGGACGGCCGAGACGCUGGGGAUGGGACCUGACGGCUACCGAGAAGCUCUGCGGCUCGGUCUUCAGUCUCCCAACGGUUUUGACUAUGUGUGCCGAGACCAGAACACGCUAAUGGUUCCAUCCGAGGAGCGAGAUCACUUCUACCGGAAACGGUAUCUCGAGGGAGGCUGGGCCUUUUGGAUGGCGGGCUUUCGGGAUUUGUGCCGGGACCCCCGGGCCAAUCGGGACGCGUACGCCUUUUGGGCCGAGCAGACGCGGGCCAGGAUCAGCUGCACAACCAAGCGGGAGCUGCUGAUACCCGAAGUGCCGGCCCUCCCCUUCGGCGUCAAGCGGCCAUGCCUUGAAGAGGAUCUCUACGAGGUCAUGGAUCAGCCACAGCUGGACAUUAUUGACAUUAGCGAGAAGCCCAUCGAGAUCAUCACCGAGACGGGCAUCUGCGCGCACGGAAAGACGAUCGAAUUCGACGCGAUCAUUUUAGCUACGGGGUUCGGCGACGAGGCCAGCGGGCUCAAGAGCCUUAAUAUCCGAGGUCGAAAUGGCACCCCCCUCGUAGAAGCUUGGUCCGGAGGUGUCCAGUCGCAUCUCGGGAUCGCCAUCCACCAAUUCCCCAAUAUGUUCUUCCUCUACGGGCCCCAGUGUCCUACACUGCUAGUCAACUCUCCUGCAGUCAUAACCGUCCAGGUCGAGUGGCUCUGCAGAGUCCUAUCUAGCAGCCAACGGGGGGCUCGUGUCUCUCAGCUGGAAGCGACUGGCAAGUCCCACGAUGUGUGGCGGCGGAAGAUGGGAGAACUCUGGAUGAAUUCGCUAUACCAUACACAUCCUCGUAAUGCGAGCAAACAGGAACAAACUUGGUAA